AUGGAAUCCAUCAAUCAGGAGCGACUCGAGCUUCUGUCCAAGAACAAAUCUGCUUGGGAUGGCGAGGUGUACGUUCCUUCAGGCAAAUUGGACUCUGCUUUGAAGAAAAAUUCUGCGUUCAUCAAGAAGAUCAAGAUCAGUUUGAAUGCUGAGAAUUAUGCCACCAUAUUAAAGGAUAUUGAGACAUUGAGCUUGGAGAAGUACUUGAGUGAGGUGUUGGCCUCUUUGGAGGAAUCAAUCCUUAAAGUCAGCAAGCCUGAUGACAUAAUGGCUGCUGUCAGAAUCAUUUCGUUACUCCAUCAGAGAUUUCCAGCACAAUUAACAUCGCCUCUACUCACCGUAUUGAUUAAUGCAGUGGUUGAAAAGGACUUGGAUGAGCCUAUUUCAAGAGUCAGAAAUGCUCUUAAGCUUCUCUUUGAAAUGCACUUGGUGGGUCUCUGCACGAGUAUCAGCCAAUGUGAUAAGGAGACUUUGAGUCCGGCAGCAUUGCAAUAUUACAACAAAUUCAAAGAUGAAGCAGUGAUAAUCCCCUUGCUUAAAGAUGUGAUGUCGUUCAAGCCAAGAACUGGCUACUCUCUUCCGAUAAUAGUGCUGUUUUUAAAGCGGUACUUGAUUGUACUAGACGAUAACCAGUCAUCGAUAUCAGACAGCUUGCAGAACGAGCUAAGAGAGUUGUUUGCAACUUAUACAACCAAACUGAUUGUAAUUUUAGAGAAACACCAUGAUUACGUUUCCAAAUUGGCUAAACGAGACAAAUCUGUAUCAAUCAAAACGGGAAAGCUCUCUGAUGGGCUACAGGAGUCACUCCAAUCGGGCAAAGAGAUUGAAGAACACAUGAAAGUUAACAUUUCAGCUCUUUGUGAGUUUCUUGACAUCGAAUUCCCUCAGCUAGGAGAUGAUCAAGAUGAAAGUAAUACUGAUGUCAUCGUAUAUUCAAAUGAGUCUCCAAAGGUUUGGUGGGAAGAUUCCAAGGAGAGAGCAUUCUACAAAGAGAUACCUACAGUCGAUGGGCUAUUGUCUGAAUCCUCCCUCACAGUGAUGCCCACUGACGAUUUUUGCCUUCUUCGAGACGCUGAGAAGGUCUCGUCAUUCAUACAGCAAUUGGAAGUUGUUGACUCCGAAUUGGGACUUAAUAAGCUCGUUGUUAUUUUCAAACAACAAAUACCAGACAAUAAGGCAACUGCAAACAGAAUCCUACGGUUUUUCUCCGCUGUUCCGAAGGUGGAUAAUAUCAAGUUUUAUGCACGGUUCCUUGCUAUCACCAAGGAUACCCUCUCAGAUAUGAUAAAUGAGCUCAUCGACACCUUGGACCGAAGCUUCCGCUCGCAAAUGUAUCAUGGCUCUAUCAACUUCAGAAAUCUCUACUUCUUCAUCGAGCUCGUCAAAUUCAAGUUGGUUCCGUUACAUAUAGUAUUCCAUAAGAUUCGCAAAAUGACAAUGAAUCUUGCUGGAACAAGUAAUGUGGACAUUCUUCUGAUAUUUUACGAAAGGUGUGGAAAAUUCCUUCUUCUUGAACCAGAGUACCGGGCAGAUACCACAGAGAUGCUUAAACUCUUGCGAGAAAAUUCAAAGAGCGACAAGCUUUCCAUUAAUGAGAAGAGCUCAUUAAAUAAUAUGUUCUUGAUAGUGGAGUCCUUCACGUCAACCAGACCAAUAGAGAAACCAAAGGUUAUUCAACGUUCUGCAAUUGAAGAUUUCGUUAUCCAACUCAUCAGAAGACUUGCCAACCCAGCCAAUCACGUUGAAAUUGCUAAUAUCAUUAGACCAUUUGCACAUCACCCUGAAGCUCAGAGAGCGCUUCUUUAUGUCUAUCUGAAGCCUGAGGAAUUACCCCUGGACUGCCUUGGUUGCUUGGCUGGUGUUUUGGGAUAUUUGGGUCCUGAACAUUCAUUUAUCGUAGACCGAAUUUGUGAUACUUUGGUAGAGAAGGUUGUUAGAGGUCUAGAACUCAAUGACUACAGACAGAAUGUCGCCAGAACGGCACAGAUCAAACUAUUGGCUGCUUUGUGUAACAGGACGGUGUUGAGUUUCAGAUGUGCUCUUGAUCUACUUUUCAAGAUUAUUUGUUUUGGAUAUCCGAACAAUCUUCCGCUUCCAAACUCAAACUUACCUAUCGAUGCUGCCGAUGACUAUUUCAGAAUACACUUGGUGUGCACUUUCUUAAAGUCAGCUACCUUAUCGAAAGUAGCCAAGGCCAAUUUAUUCAAGCGUGGAACCAAAUCCAUUGAAGGACUCGUUGUAUUUUUGCAAUACUACAUUUUUUGCAAGAAACAUCCGCUUCCCAAAGACAUUCAAUUUUCAAUUGAAGACUCUUUCAAAGCUUUCAACUCGCAAGCUUUAGAACCUUUCCAAAGAGCCACGGAUUUGAGUUCUGCGAUGUUAGCACUUCAGAAAUUUACAAGCACAAAGUAUGAGGAAACUCAAACUCAAGAAGUUGAAAUAUUUGAUGAUACGGACACAGAGGUGGAGCUUGAGUUGAGUGAAGAGGAAACGCAAAGUGAAAGCGAGCUGGACGAGUCGGAUGAAGAUGCUGAGUCAGAGAAUGAAGAAGACGAAGUAGACGAACUUCUGGAAUCGGAAAUUGGAUCGGACCCUCUGGACGACGAGUCGUCUGACGACGAUGAAGACCAAAUUCACCAAGUAGGACGGGAAAUGGCUGCAUUGGAAAUUGAAAGACGAGAAGCUGAAACUUUGGAUAGAGGCAUUCGUGAAUUGGUGAACAAGUCCGCUCAACAAGCAAAGACAUUUGUACCUUUCAAAAUACCUUCUCCUUCGAUGCUAAUCUCACCCAUUACAGAGAAAGUUGAUGGGCCCAUGAAUUUUACGCUUGUUACGAAAAGGAAUGCUACUAGGAAAGUUUUGCUACCUUCCAAUAACCAAUUAGCAGAAAGAAUGAAAAGAGAGCAGGCCGAGCGAGAUGCAAACAGGGCCAAGAUCUUGAGCUUGAUCAACAACAUGGACUCGUGA